GUCUUUUCUGUGGUCAAAGCUCUGACAAGUGCUGACAAUUUCCUGGACAACCAAUAAAUAUGCCCAAAAAUAGUAAAAAAUUAUGCUUGUGAAGAAACCAAAACCUCAGGUGCGAAAGUGGAUUAGACGAACUGCUGCCAUCGCAUUUGUUGCCGAAGCCGUCGCUUUUGCAUUUACAUAUUACGGUUGGACGAAAGUUAACCAAGACCGAGAGACAAGAAAAUAUCUCCGAGACAGCUACCCGUCUGUAUUAGAAGCGUACUACAAGACUGGUGAAUUAAUUAGUUCGAAUUGUAAAGUUAGAGAAAUUGAUCAAGCUUAUUGGGAUGCCCAACAGCAUUAAUGGAACCGAAUAGACUGAUCAAGUCAAUAUUUUGGCUGACAUCUUUAACAGGGGCUGGAUAUCUUUUGCUGAUAGCAACUACAGCUAGUCAGGAUUCGAGCAAAUUAAAGGACUAUCCAGGAAUAGAGCGCGAUCAAAAAGUCGUUUUGAGCCAAAAGCAACGACUCUUGAACGUGUUACAAGCAGCCACUGAGGCCGAUAAGCCCCUAUAUCGAAUGACAAAAGAGGAGAUACAGAAAACUCUUAACAAAAAAUAGCAAUCAUAAUUUAGUACUCAGGAAGCUGUAGUCGUAACGUAGCUUUUUGUACAAAAAUUUAAAAAUGGAACUAAUAAGUGAGGGAGCCGACCGGAUUAGUGCGAUGAAGAACCGCGAAGUAGAACGCCAGAUGAAUAUUCAAAGAAAGCAGGAAUCGAAGAAAUCUAUAAGUGCUGCCAAUGAGCAGCUGGAUUUCUUCGAGAAGACGUUUAAUGAGAAAAUCAGUUUCAUUGAGGCCAUGUUGAAGAAGUCACAAACUCUUUCCAAAAAUGAACUUCCAGAACAUUUCAAUAUAAUUUCCAAGGAAAUAUUGGUUGUUCAGAAAUAUGUUGCUGCUUCGAAUUUAUUUCUUUGCAAUUACUACUUGCAAAAAUGCCAAAGCACGCUUCAAGCGUUGAGCAUUAGAGCAAAGGAGCUGGAGAACAAUCUUUUGCCGAAAAAGAAAUUUGGAUUCAAGAACAAAAUCAAGCUGAAGGACGAGGAAAAGAGCCAGGGGGUGGAUUUGGUAGAUUUCAGCAACAAGCCACAAAACGGUAGUUUGUCGUCCAGCAAAGUACACGACAAUAACAUAGAAUGUGGUUUUUACGACAGCGCAAAUAAAGUUCUAUCUCUUUGUCCAGACCAAGUGGCGAAAAAGGAUGUGUCUCUGGAAAAACUCUCGAACUGCACGGUUUACCUUAAAGGAUUCCCAAGCACUUUGCAUUUAAACAACCUCGACAACUGCAGAAUAUUCUCGGGCCCAGUUUCCACCUCAAUAUUUGCUGAAAAUUGCAACAACUCAACACUAGUAAUAGCCUGCCAACAAUUAAGACUGCACUCUUCUCAAAACAUUGAGAUCUAUCUACAUGUUACAAGUAGGGCGAUAAUGGAAGAUUGCAGCAAAGUAGCGGUUGCUCCUUACAACUGGAGAUAUGAAAACAUCGAUCAACACUUCUUAGAUGCCGGCCUGGAUAAGCAAGUGAACAACUGGAGAUGCAUAGACGAUUUUAAUUGGCUGAAUGCUGAAAGGCACUCGCCCAAUUGGCGUGAAAUGGAGCAGGAGAAGAGAGUGAUAGAUUGGAAUCAGUGAGACAUGUUUUUAGUGUAUUGCAACGCUUUUAUAAUUUGGCUUUAUUAGAUAUCCAAUAAAAAUGUAUAUUAAUGGUUCA